AGGUUUUCUGCCUUCUGCCUAACAGAACAAGUAAUUCAUGAGCUGAGACUUUCUCAAACUCAAGCAAAAGCGGGUCUUUACCAGACUACAAACAUCAAAAAAACAGUCCAGCUGUUUGGCGUGCUUCCCGGGCCGCGUUUUCUUGGUACUCAAGGCUUGAUUUUUUGGUUCUCGUAACUCACCGUGCCCAAUUUGGACGAGUUGUGAGUCUUUUUAUACACUAUUGUGAAGGAUUUGUCAAGUAGAAACUUUCUAUUGUCGCUCCUUUCCUGUUAACGGCUUCUUCACUAUUCUUUGAUAUUAAGAGGGUCCACUCAAAACGUGCGAGUUAACGUGCAAGUUGAGUUUAAUAAACUUUGCUUUCAAGUUCAUCUUUGUACAAUUGAUAUCGAUUCUUACUGUUCUUUGCAGCAUACCCGGUCGGUCUUUGAUUUUAUUUCACUCCUUCACUCCGUUUUCGCUCGGUUUUGCGAUUUUUAGUGAACAGUUCACUGGGAAUUUUGCAUAUUUCAUCGAGACUUGGGAGCAGCAUUUUUACUAAUCAUUGAUCCCUCGUGCUUAACAUUCAAACUAGAAGCAAGGAUUACUGCAAAAGCUUUUUCUGGAUACUUGUAUAGUGUUCAAUCGGAAUACCUAAAGAAUGGUGAAAGCAGAAUAUACUGAAGAUAUACCUGGCACUGUUCUCAUCUUUAAGGAGAAUCCAUAUGCUUCUUCUGAGAGUAGUGAGCUUAAGAAAAUUGGAGACAUUGUCUUAGUGCCUCAACCUUCUGAUGAUCCUAAUGAUCCGCUCAAUUGGAGUGCUCUGCGAAAGAAUUGGCAUCUGACACUUAUUUGUAUUAUUUCUCUCGUGUCCGGUGCCAUCGCCAAUGAUGCUGGUUCAGCGCAGGAUCAAAUGAAUAAGGAGCUUGGCAUCUCAUACGAUGCGAUGGACGACGCUGCUGGUGUUCUCUUCAUUUGUGUCGGAUACUUUACGUACAUUGCAAUGCCUGCAACAUUUCUUUAUGGUCGCCGUUGUGUUUACCUUGUUUGUCUGGUGUUUGCAAUGGCAGGCUCUCUGUGGUUUGCUCUCACACAAAGUACAGCAAGUUCAAUAGCCAAUCAAGCUUUUAUCGGCAUUGGCGAGGCUUGCGCUGAGGCUCUCACCCAGUAUUCGCUGUCUGAUAUCUUUUUUGAGCAUGAGCGUGGUAUUAAAAUUGGUGUGUAUAUUCUUUCCACGUCCAUUGGUACUUACCUGGGUCCUCUCGCUGCUGGCUACAUUGCAGCAGGACAAGGAUGGCGUUGGAUUGGUUGGUGGGGUUUAAUUCUUUCUGCUAUUACAUUUAUACUGUUCCUUUUUAGCUUUGAGGAAACAGCUUUCGAUCGUGAAGCUGCUAUGGCACAAAAGCAACUUUGCCGUUCAGCCGAUGAUUUCUUCGUCAGUAAUGGUGAAAAGAAAACGGAAUUUGAUGGUCAGAUUAGGGACAUCACGCCUAAUACAGACCUGGAAAAGGGCAUGGAAAGCUCACCUUACGAGAAACCGUCUUACUUCAAGAGGUUGGCACUUAUCACGCCUGCCUCAAACUUAGAAGGCUGGGGUCUUCGACAGUAUUGGGGACGUUUCGUACAAACGUUACGUAUAUUUACUUUCCCUGCCGUGCUGUAUUCAGGCUUACAAUGGGGAGCGCAAGAUGCGUUGCUUACUUUCUACCUUACGACAGAAGAGGAGGAUUACAUGCGCCCUCCGUACAAUUAUGGAGACACGGCUGUGGCUAUGAUGAACGUUCCCUGCAUUAUCGGAGCUACAAUUGGAUGUUUUUAUGGUGGUUAUCUGGGUGACUACCUUACUCUUUGGUUGGCCAAAAGAAAUAAUGGUGUAAAAGAAGCCGAAUCUCGUUUGUGGUUAAUGGUAUUGCCAUGCAUCCUUAACCCGCUUGGACUGUUCUUAUUUGGUUUCGGUACUGCAAGAAAUUGGAACUGGGUUCCAACUUAUGUUGGUCUUGGUUUCAUUGGUUUUGGUUGGGGAUGUGCCGGAGAUAUUUCUAUGUCUUACCUGAUGGAUGCCUAUCCGGGAGUUGUUUUAGAAGGCAUGGUCGGAGUCUCUGUCAUUAACAAUACACUGAGUUGGAUUUUUACCUUCUCAUGUCAAGAUUGGAUUAAUGGGAUGGGUACCGAAAAUACGUAUAUUUCAAUUGGUAUUAUCUGUUUCUUUGUUAUUGCUACGUCCUUCAUAAUGAUAGCUUAUGGAAAGCGUAUGCGUAUUAAAACAGCUUCAAGAUAUUACCAGUUCUUAGAUGUCCGCAGCCGGUUAGAUGGUAAGUAACUCGGUUGUGUGAGGGCCUUGCUGGCUCUCAUUAGCAAUUGCACUAAUGGCGUUUAUAAUUUUGAAAAUAAAAAUACCGGGGGUCUAGACAUCAGAUGCUUGGUAGCACGUUAUUUUAGUAGCACACCUAUCCCGUAUGGAAGUAAAGUGCGCAAGUGAACUGCGCAUACUGUUAAUAAAUGGCACACUGCAUAAUCAAUAUAUAAAAUUACUUUGGAGCAACUAUCAUUUACUAAUCGCAGCGAAUGAAGUCGAACUUCGGAAACACCUACGUCUCACGGGUUAACGAAACAUAGUAUCUUUAAAAAACUAUUGACUAUGAUUAUAAUAUUUCCCAUUACUUGGUACUCCUGUUCCAGAUAGUACUCAGGGGCAGAACUAAGGCGCAAUGGCUUAUGCAGGACAAGCUUGUGCUACUUUUAUCAACGACAAAGUGACGAAAGAUGUCUUUAGUUUAUCGGAGUCUCGAAGCAAAAAUCCAUUCGUAAUGCUAAGCUUUCAUUGAAUUACCGGAUUUACAGCUAUAAGUUGUACGGUAUGACGGACAUAACACUGUGCUAACAUUGUAAUAAACUCGAUGGAAACGAAGUAUUAAUAUAGCUAAACAGUGUAAUGCAUGAACAAUAAUUAUUUUUUAAAGCCUGCAUGAUUAAUAUCGUUACAGUGUCUGAUCUUGUUAAUCAAAGAACUAGCACAUACGCAACACAGCACGUUCAUACAUGCU